AUGGCUCCCAAAGCCCGUCUAUCCAAUGCCGUGCGCAUCACUGAUAUAAACGACUUUCUCGCUCCAUCUCAGGCAUGCGUGCUACCACUCGGCGGCGGUGCUUCUGCAAAUUCGUCAAGGACCCCAGUAGAAGAUGGCAAGCAAGGUGCUGAGAAUGUCGUCGUUGCUAGGCUCAAAGCAGAGCCAGCAGGUUCUUUCUUAGCUCCAAUUGUGCCUGUCCAAAGCACCAAUGUUGAAGUGGCGAAAGCCAAAGUGACGUUGAGUGAUUGCCUAACUUGUUCGGGAUGUGUUACUUCAGCAGAGACAGUUUUGCUCUCUACAGACAGCCUCGAUUCUCUUCGACAGUUUCGAAAGUCAAGGAAAAGCAGUGCUCGGUCCAAUUUUGCUGUCGCUGCACUCUCCCAACAAGCAGUUGCAUCAAUUGCUGUUCACUUUGGGAGUAGUCUCGGAGUUGCUGCAAGGAAGUUGUCCACUUUUUUGCGGGACGACGUCGGAUUUGAUGCUGUCUUUGAUUUAUCAUUUGCACGCCACCUGUCCCUUUUGGAAGCAUCCGAAGAGUUCAUGCAGCGCUUCAAGUCGGGAAAGAAACUAACAAUCACUUCUGCCUGUCCCGGUUGGGUGUCGUAUGCUGAGAAGACUCAGGAUGACAAUAUUUUGAGUUGUAUAUCAUCUGUGCGAUCUCCACAAGGUUUGGCAGCUUUGGUCGCGAAAGCACUUCGUCCUCAAGGGAAUACAAGUGACGUUUGGAUUACAGCGAUUAUGCAAUGCCAUGACAAGAAGUUGGAGGCAAGCAGACCAGAAUUUGUAUCUAUCGACUCGAGCGGCAACGAGAAGAAGGAAGUUGCAUGCGUCAUAACUGCUGGAGAGCUCAUGGAUCUUAUCGAUGAAUGCAAGUUUGACUUUGAAGAUGCUACGGAGAGCCCAUUUGAUGUGCCUUUUCAAACAGCGAGAACGAAGAUUUUUGGUGUUAAUGUUGGGAGCGGUUCUGGUGGGUAUGCUGACUUUAUAUUGCGAGAGGCUGCAGAGGAAUUUUUAGGUGUCAAGUUGCCAGAUGGACCCUUGCAAUGGGAGAAAGCAAGCAAGUCAGGCGACUUGAUGUUGAUAACAAUUGAAGAGACUUCAGGAACGAAAAAGCUACAAUUCGCUAAAGCAUACGGAUUUCGAAGCUUGCAAAGUAUUCUCCGCAAAGUGCGAAGAGGAAUUUGCAAGUUUGAUUACAUCGAACUUAUGGCAUGCCCAGGCGGUUGUAAUAACGGGGGUGGGCUCUUGGAUGCGCCGCUUGAUCCGGAGGACACUACUCUAACGCUUCGACAACGAACAAACCUGCACCUUGAAUCUGUGAAUGCCAAAUUCUCGGAAUCACCAAUUGUCGAAAACCCUUUAUCCAUUGCAUCAGUUCAAGAUUUGUAUAGGCACGUUGUUGGCGGCCUGCCGGGCACACAACCCGCUAAGAAAAUGCUCACAAUGUCCAUUCAACCAAGAAAAAUGUCAAAUAACCCCGCGUCAUUUGACUGGUAAAUAGAUGCUAACGGGGAAUGCCAAUCAAGGACACGGUCGUUUUAACCAAAGGCUUUAAACUGUCCAGAAGAGUGCAUCUUGGGGUGCAUGAAGGCUUUUGCACAAACUGUACCAAGAUAUCUGGCCGCAGGGGCAUACCGAAUUAGGGGGGCGCUGUGACAGAGAUGCUGCUGACACCUAUGGAAACCAUCACGCUAUUUUCCUUCACGGGGCAAACUGCCAGCUAGUUCAAAGCGAAGGAAGCACUACUCGACCACUUUGUUCACACAGUAUCCAAUUCAUGCUCUGCAGAGCUGCUCGGCGAUAUCCAAAAAGUCUGGCCAUGCAACGCAAGAAUGUUUACAGGUUGUAUUGGAUGUGGUUUUUUCUUCACGGCACUCUAGAGUGUCUAUCGGACCGUUAGUCCUCAUAUGAGGGCAAAUGUUAUUUUAUUCUUUCUAGAGAACGCAACUUGCGAUAUCACUUUGUUUUUUGUUAUUUGUUUUUUUUGCAACUAAAACGUCACCACCCACCACAGA